GGUAUUAUUAUAUCUACUGUGCUUUCUUGACUGUUCAUCAGCACCAAACACAUCUAUGGGAUAACAAUUCAAAUAGCACAUUAAAGUGAAGCUUCAAUUCCAUGCUUGUGUGAAGGCAAAAUGUUUGUAGUGCCCCCCCGCCACCCACCGCCAGACAUCCAGUUGUUUUUUUCCUUACUUGCCUGCGUUGUCCUCUCUUCCUCCUUUUUCAAAAAAACCCGUGUGUGGCGAACCUUAACCAAGUUGAUGGCGACAAAUGAGCCUGCUCCGACAAAAGACUUCUGGACCUGGCCCCUGAGGGACUAAAGGCUUGGUGAGCUGUGCCUUCUCCUCCUUCCCCCAUCCCUGUCCCUUCCCCGGCAGCACCAUUCCCUGGGGGCUCCACGACAACAUGAUCCCGGCCUGGUUUGGCUUCCACAGUUUCUUGCUCCGCCUUUCCCACCAUCCCAGGUGGGGCUGUUCCAGAGGCCUGCAUCUGCGAACCCUCCUCUUCUGGCUCUUCCUACUCUCCUGGCCCUCCUGUGUCCAGCCAACAACUUUCAAGGUGGGCGUGAUGGGCCCCUGGAACUGUGACUCGUUCUACUCCCGGGCGUACCCUGAUGCGGCAGCCCAGUUGGCCGUUGCCCGCAUCAACAAGGACUCAACCGUGAACCAGGGUUACUGGUUCGAUUAUGUCCUCCUCAACGAAGACUGCCAGGCCUCUCAGGCCGUCGUGGGCUUUGUCAACGCGGAACAUUACGCCUCUGGCUUUGUGGGCCCUGUCAACCCCGCCGCCUGUGAGGCAGCCGGGUUGUUAGGCAAAGCAUGGAACAAACCCGUGUUCCCCUGGGCCUGCUUGACUGACGAUGCUGAGGUGGAACGUUUUGGGACCUUUGCCCGGCCGUUGCCACAGGCCUCAGCUGUGCUGUAUACUGUGCUCAAGUAUUUCCGCUGGGCUCAUGUGGCCGUGAUAAGCUCCGAGCAGGACCUUUGGGUGGAAGUAGGCCAAGGCCUGGCUGAUUCAUUGCGUAGCUUUGGCCUCCCCGUUGGUGUGGUGACCACCAUGGAGGAUGAACCCAAUGGGGCACAGGACGCCCUUCGCAGAGUACAGAGAGCCCACAAUAUACGAGUAAUUGUCAUGUGUAUGCACUCUGUCCUCCUGGGCGGAGAGGAGCAGCGCCUCCUGCUGGAGAAGGCUGAGGACCUGGACAUGACAGACGGCACCUACGUUUUCAUCCCCUACGAUGCCCUGACUUACAGCAUGCCCUACCAGAAGGAGUCCUACGCCGUCCUCGAUGACAGCACCAAGCUGCGGAUAGCCUAUGAUGCCGUCCUCACGGUCACCAUCGAUUCUCCGGACCGCUCUUUCCGGCAGGCCUUCCGGGAAGCUCAGGAGAAGAGGGAAGUCCCCAACCAUCUCAAUGCUGACCAGGUGCACCCCCUGUUUGGUACCAUCUAUAACUCCAUCUACUUCCUGGCCAAGGCAGUGGAGAGCACCCGUAAGUCUGGCAAGUGGGUGAUGGGCUCCAGCAUUGCCGAGAACACCAAGGACUUUGAGCUGGAAGGCUUCAGCCAGACUGUGUCAGCUGAUGCCUAUGGAGAUGCGGUGAUCCCCUAUGUGAUCUUGGACACAGAUGGCAAGGGCAAUCGCCUUUGGCCUACCUACAGCGUGGACAUGGCCGCUCGGACCCUACGCUACGUGGGGCACACUGUGCACUGGCCUCACAGUUCCAGUCCGGACACGGACUCCAACUGCUGGUUUGACACCGUCACCAUCUGCUCUGGGGGAGUGGAUGCCGGUUUUGUCCUCUUCCUGUUUCUUCUGGUGGCUGGCUUGAUCCUGGGUGGAGGUGCCCUUGCCUACCAUCUCAGGCGCCGGAUUCAGCAUGCCCAACUUGUUAAGGGACCCAACAAAAUUAUCCUUACCAUGGACGACAUAACCUUCAUCAACACGCAGAAUAGCAAGAAGAAAAUGGAUGACAGCCACCCCAGCCUUAUGGGGAAGAGUGUCUCGGACAUGAAGAGCCUUAAGAGCGUGGCAGCCAAUCCUGAUAACACCAAUGUCGCUGUGGUGGAGGGUGAUGACAAGCAAAAAGCCAGCAGCCAGAUCCCCUUGCUCAUCCUUUUGUUUAACACCCAAGGCCUAAUAGCCGCGGUCCAGGGUGACUGGGUGUGGCUAAAGAAAUUCCCAGGGGAAAAGCACACUGAAAUCAAACCAGCCACCAAAACGGCUUUUUGCAAGCUCCGGGACUUGCGGCAUGAAAACGUGAAUCUCCUCCUGGGCUUCUUCCAUGACUGCGGGAUCUUUGCCCUCGUCUCGGAGCACUGCACGCGAGGGAGCCUCGAGGAUCUCCUCCGCAAUGAGGACAUGAAACUUGACUGGAUGUUCAAGUCGUCUUUGCUGUUGGACCUUAUCAAGGGGAUGAAAUACCUGCACCAUCACGAAGUGGUGCAUGGGCGGCUGAAGUCUCGGAACUGCGUGGUGGACGGCCGCUUUGUCCUCAAGGUCACAGACCACGGCUACAACGAGCUCCUGGAGGCCCAGAAGAUCCCCUCCGAAGUUUUGAAGCCAGAGGACCGAUUUUGGACCGCGCCGGAGCUGUUGCGGGAUCCUGCCAAGGAGCGGAAAGGCACCUUCAAGGGAGACGUCUACAGCAUCUCCAUCAUCAUGCAGGAAGUGAUCUGCCGGGCGCCUCCCUACUGCAUGCUGGAUAUGUCCCCCGAAGAGAUCAUCAAGAAAGUGGAGAAGCCCCCGCCGCUGUGCCGGCCCUCCGUGUCCGUAGACCAAGCUCCGAUGGAGUGCAUUCAGCUGAUGAAGCAGUGCUGGGGGGAGCAGCCCGAAAAGAGGCCGAGCAUCAGCCAGAUCUUCGAUCAGUUUAAGAACAUCAACAAGGGCCGGAAGACCAACAUCAUCGACUCCAUGCUGCGCAUGUUGGAGCAGUACUCCAGCAACUUGGAGGACUUGAUCCGGGAGCGGACGGAAGAGCUGGAGGUGGAGAAGCAGAAGACCGACAAGCUGCUGACGCAGAUGCUGCCCCCGUCCGUGGCUGAGGCCCUGAAGACGGGGGCACCGGUGGAGCCAGAGCAUUUCGAGGAGGUGACCUUGUACUUCAGUGACAUUGUGGGCUUCACCACCAUCUCGGCCAUGAGUGAACCCAUCGAGGUGGUGGACCUCCUCAACGACCUGUACACUCUCUUUGACGCCAUCAUUGGCUCCCAUGACGUCUACAAGGUGGAGACCAUCGGUGACGCCUACAUGGUGGCUUCCGGACUGCCCAAGCGCAACGGGAACCGGCACGCGGGCGAGAUCGCCAACAUGUCGCUGGACAUCCUCAGUGCUGUGGGCACCUUCAGGAUGCGUCAUAUGCCAGAAGUGCCCGUACGGAUCCGCAUUGGCCUGCACUCAGGGCCUUGUGUGGCUGGCGUGGUGGGACUGACAAUGCCACGAUACUGUCUCUUUGGGGACACCGUCAACACAGCCUCACGGAUGGAGUCCACGGGUCUGCCUUAUCGAAUUCAUGUCAACAUCCGCACAGUUCAGAUCUUGCACGACCUCAAAGAGGGCUUCAAGCUGGACAUCCGUGGGAAAACGGAGCUCAAGGGAAAAGGCGUUGAAGACACAUUUUGGCUUGUAGGUCGAGAAGGCUUUAACAAGCCCAUUCCCACGCCCCCAGACUUGCUGCCAGGUGCCAGCAGCCAUGGCAUAAGUAUGGACGAGAUUCCUGAAGAACGAAGGAAGAAGCUACAGAAAGCACGCCCAGGGCAGACCACGUAGCCAGAAAGUGACCAUGUAACACAAGGCCGCCGGGCAUGACCCAGCUGAAACAACCACCAGGAUCUGUGGCCUGUAUUUGCUGAUGCUUUCUGUCCAACUCUGAUGAGGCCUUUCAUACAGAGAGGAGCCGCCCUGUGGAAGGAAGAGGAAUCGGUGGCAGAUGCUUGAGGGGCUCGCAUCCCCUUUGGCCCUAUCUUGCAUACAUCAAAACAGACUCGUCCUUUUUCGGUAUACAUCUUCCUCGGCUCCGCUUGUCAUGAUGGAACUUCUGCCAGCUUAGGAUCUGCCAUUCACUCUCCAACCAACCAAGAAAAUGGGUCAGGUGCAUGCUGGGACUUUGGUCAACCUGGGAUUUGCCACAUGGUCCCAACUUGGUUUUUUAUUUUUAUUUGUUUUUUAAUCAAGUUGGGAUGUGGCCAACCUGGGCAUCACCGUUUGCACUCUGAUUAAGGGGCUGAGGGCAUGGUGUGGUUUCAGCCAGUCUAGGAAUGGCAGCUGACAUUCGUUUCCUGUCAGAGAUUUUGCUUCAUUCUCACUGGAGUUGAUGUUUGGACUGCCAUGUUGCUAAGUAACGAUGGGUCUUUUUUAGCAUCCUCAGAGUGACUUUCUUCAAAGAAGAGCAGGAGACACCUGUGCCAUGUCUCUGUGGCAAAUGUGCAAUGUUGGAAGGCAAGAGCUGGCUACAUGGAGUUGCACCCCCCCUCCCCAUCAGCAGGGGGAUGCUACAUUUUACUGCCAGAGGUGGCAGGCAUUGAUUCUGACCCAUGCCAAAGCAUCUUUGUGCCCUGAGGCGUAGGGAUGGUCAGAUGGGAACUCUUGCCUCUAGGACAAACCUGCAGAUAGUCCUGAACGGCUGGCUUCGGAACAGAGCCUAUCUGCCACUCCUUCUGUUUUUGGAGGACAGGCGUGAAUUCUGUUGAGGAGGCGCCUGGGGAUUCCACAGUGACUGGAAGUGUGCAUCAUGGACUGAUAUUUAAGCACCUACAAGUUAAUUCUCUUUCAAGCAUCUCUGGGGAAAUUCAGCUCAUAUGGCUAAUCACUAAAUGUUGCCUCCAUGGGAAUAUUUUAUUUUAUUUUAUUUUAUUUUAUUUUAUUUAUAUACCGCCUGACUUUGAAGGCUCUAGGUGGUUCACAAAAGUAAAUACAAUAGAGGCAAAAUAAAACGACCAUUAAGACAACUACUUAAAACAAUUUAAAACAUUCACAGAUUACUUAAAAGCCAGGCUAAACAGAUGUAUCUUAAGGGCUCUCUUAAAGGCGGGUAAAGAUGUUAAAUCACGAACGGCUAUAGGGAGUACAUUCUAGAGCCCCAGAGUGACUACAGAGAAGGCCUGCUCCCGAGUCGCUGCCAGACGAGCUGGUGGUAUAUGGAGAUGGACCUCUCUUGAUGACCUUAAGGUGUGGUGGGGAUCAUGCAGAAGAAGGCGCUCUCCCAGGUAACUCGGGCUUUAAAGGUAAUUACCAGCACUUUGUAUUUUGCCCGGAAACCUAUUGGCAGCCAAUGUAAUUGCUUUAAAACAGGCAUAAUGCAGUCUCUCCGAGAAACCCCGGAGACCAAUCUAGCUGCCGCAUUUUAGACCAACUGAAGUUUCCGAACCACAUACAAAGGCAGCCCCACGUAGAGCGUAUUGCAGAAGUAAAGCCUAGGGGUUACCAGAGAUUGCACCACCACCACAUCUCACUAUUUAUUGAGAUGGGAGUCGUUCUCUUCGGGAGCAAACUAUCUGCAUUUAUGCAUGAAUGAACCCUGACGCCUACCCUUUUUAAAAAUGAUGAGAGGAUUCUUUAAUUGUAUCAAAGAUCUUCUAGAAUGUUUUGCUGAGCAUGACAAGUGAACAGGCUCAGGUUAGAAGCAAGGCAAUCUUUUACAAGAAGGGGAGUAAUGAACUUUGGGCUGUCUGGGGAAGGAAGGCCGGCAAACAGAGACCGAAUAGGUGGUACCAUAUGCCAUUGUUGAUGAUCCCAGUAAGACGCACCCCUAAAGCCUCUUGGCAGGGUCUCACAGGCAAGACUGUAAUUCUUGCUGGGGUGCCAUUUUGAAAUCCAAAAUGGUGGAAUAGCUGGUGCUAUUGAUCCAUCCUGGAGAUCGGAGACCUGGUUAAGACCACGAGGAAGGAUCUUGGGGAAGAUUCAGGAUGGGUUGAGGUUGUGCAUUUUUAAAGAACAAAGGCCAUCUGCGGAUAUACAAACCUAUUGUACUUGCUUGAUCCAGGGGUUCUUGGAUCCCCAGUUGCUGGAUUACAUCUCCCUUCAUCCCCAGAUGCAAUGGCCGUUGUGGCUGGGAUGAUGGGAGUUGGAGUCCAGCAAUAUUUGGGGACCCAGGUUUGAGAACCCCUGGAUUAACCAGUAACCACAAAUAAAAGAAUUUUCUUAAAGAGAUGGCCUUUGAGUAGCUAGUGUGGAUUUACAUUCCAGAGAAGUGCGGUUGGGAAUAAAUAUUUUUAAAGAAAAGUGUUCUAAUUGGCCAUGUCUUCAGUUCCAGGCAAUACGCUUGUUUAAUUUUAGCCUUCCAAGUUUAAAUAUUUUUUAAAGGAUGGUUAAGUUGGUCCUCAGAUGUAACAUGUGGUUAACCAACUUUGUCUGAAUUCCAAAGGUUUGCUAAAUAUGUCACUUGUCCUAUAUUCAUUUGAAGGGCGGGGGAAAACAAGUAUUGAAAAUACAUGUUAGCAGUAAGAUGGCACAUUAACUAAGAUAUGUAUAUAUAAAAUGAUAUUUAAAGGGAUGGUUACUAUUUGUCACCAGACAAAAAUAUUUUCCUUAAAGGGGCAGGCAGCAGUAAUCUCCCAUAGAUUGGCUGGCCUUGGAAUUUGUCUAUCAUUUUCAUAGACUGUGUACAAAUUGUACUUUUUUCCCUUUAUUCUCCAUAUGGUGGCGGUUAUUAAUAUUGGGGUAUUUUAUUUACAUCCCCCCCAUGCUGUUUUUCGCAGAUCUUGGGGGUAGGGAGCAGCAAUAGCGUCCAUGGGUAGGAAUGGGGCGGGGUGGCGGGGUGUGUACAUAUAUGUAUAUACAUCAUUGCGACAAUGCUGGGGAUAUUCUACUCUGUAUCAUAUGGGGAUUGUGCUAGGCACAUCACAGCUGGGCCAUCAACAACUGUAUGUGACUCUGUAAUAAAAGGGCCAGGCUAGA